CUAACACAUUUUAUGGAAGACAAGUGACUGAGGCAAAGGUUUAUGUUCAAGCCUCAGCAUCUGUACUCGUCCGUCUGAUGCUUGACUUUUUUGGGUGUCUGGAUUAACCCUGACUGAAUCAUGUCAGACAACGUACUGGAAGAAGUCUUCAUCAAACGAUCUCAGCAGAAGAAGAAGACCUCCCCUUUGAACUACAAGGAGAGAUUGUUUAUCCUCACACAGGAGAAAAUAGCCUACUAUGAUUUUGACCCAGACAAAGGGAAGCGAAAAGGUUUGAGAGGAUCAGUCGACCUCGAGAAGAUCAAGUGUGUCGAGACGGUCCAGGCAGAGCCAAACUCCCCGCAGGAGCGCAUGUAUGCUUUUCAGAUCAUUUAUGAUGAGGGGCCGCUGUACAUCUUUGCAAAGAAUGAGGAUAUUCGGGCUCAGUGGAUAAAGAAACUGAAAGAAAUGGUGCGCUUCAACAAGGAUCUCAUGCAGAAGUACCAUCCUUGUUUCUGGGCGGAUGGGGUGUGGCUGUGCUGCCACCAGGAAGUUAAACAAGCCAUGGGUUGCAGAGUACUGGAUAGUAAGAACGGCUUUUCGUCUCAAGCAUCUCGAAGAAGAUUAUCCAGGAAACCUCUCCCUCCCACUCCCACAGAGGAGAAGUCUGUUCGGCCUUUACCUCCACAGCCUCCAGAGCCACCUGGCCCCUCUGCAGGCAUGACUGUCAUAGCAGAGUAUGAUUACACACCAAUGACACCUCAAGACCUGGAGCUGAGGAAGGACGAAGAGUACACCAUCCUGGAGAUGAUUGACCAGAACUGGUGGAGGGCCAGAGACAAAUAUGGAAAGGAAGGAUAUAUACCUUGUAAUUAUGUUGUGGAAGGUGGAAACGGGCUAGAAAAAUUUGACUGGUACUCCAAGAACAUGAACCGUAGCCAGGCAGAAAAGCUGUUAAAGACUGAGAACAAAGACGGAGGCUUCCUGGUACGGGACUCAAGCAAGGCCGGAAAAUACACUGUGUCUUUGUUCAGUAAGGGUGGCGGGGAAACCAGUGGAUGCUGCAGACAUUAUAACAUCUGCACCACCACACAGGGCCAGUUCUACCUGGCAGAGAAGCAUAAUUUCGGCAGCAUCCCAGAGCUCAUCAACUACCACCAGCACAAUGCAGCAGGUAUGGUUAGCAGGCUGAAAUACAUUGUGUCUAACCGGGCACUUCCUCCAUCAACAGCAGGGCUCGGCUACGGUGUUUGGGAGAUCGACCCCCUUUACCUGACCUUCAUCAGGGAACUGGGAACGGGCCAGUUUGGAGUGGUGAAGUAUGGGAAGUGGCAGGGCCAGCAUGACGUCGCCAUUAAGAUGAUUAAAGAGGGAUCCAUGUCUGAAGAUGACUUCAUCGAAGAAGCCAAAAUCAUGAUGAAGCUUCGCCAUGAGAACCUGGUCCAGCUGUACGGCGUGUGCACCAAACAGAAACCCAUUUAUAUCGUGACUGAGUUCCUCUCCAAUGGCUGCCUGCUGACGUACCUCAGGGAGGGCCUGAAGCAGCACCCAACAGCUGUCCAGCUGCUGGAGAUGUGUAAAGACGUCUCCGAGGGCAUGGCCUACCUCGAGGAACAGCAGUACAUCCACAGAGACCUGGCUGCCAGGAACUGUUUAGUCGACGGGAAUGGCACCAUCAAAGUGACUGAUUUUGGAUUGUCAAGGUACGUCUUAGAUGACGAGUACACCAGCUCAGCAGGUUCUAAGUUCCCCGUUCGCUGGUCGCCUCCUGAAGUUCUCCUCUACUGCAAGUUCAGCAGCAAGUCAGACAUCUGGGCCUACGGGGUUCUCAUGUGGGAGGUGUACACUUUGGGAAAGCUUCCAUAUGAGCGACUUAACAACACGGAAAUAGUGGAUCAGGUUUCCCGGGGCCAUCGCCUCUUCCGCCCCCAGCUGGCCAAUGAGAAGGUCUACAGCAUCAUGUCCGACUGCUGGCAUGAUAAAGCAGAGGAGAGACCCACCUUUCAGGAGCUGGCGCUGACUGUUCAGGAUGUGCUGUACGAGCUGCAGUAGAUCCCAAAAUAAU